CCAAAAUGACAGUUCAAAAACACCUUAAAUUUUUUGGUUGCAUUUCAUCACAAAAAUCGUAAACACCAAUAAUAUUCUUUAUAUAUCUUUAAAUAUAAAUUAAUAAAAAAACACAAUGUGCAGCAUCGGUGAAGAUGAUUUCGGCGAUGAGGGUGGUCUUCAUGCAAUGGUCAAAGACAACGACGAUUCAAAUAAACCCACCAACAUCAAAGGUACUUGUUCCAAAUGUGCUACCGAAUCAACAACACUUUUCAAGUUAAAGUUUCGCGAGCCAGAAUGCUCGAGCUGCUUCCUAGCAUACGCACGACAUAAAUUUCGUGCUGUUCUCGGUUCAGCUAAAAUCCUUCCCAAAGGAGCUGAAGUUCUUUUGCUUUUCGAUGGCACUGCCGAGAGUAUAGUUCUUCUCGACAUGAUGGACUAUGCUCAGAAACAAAACAACUUCAAACGAUUACACGUGGAAACAAAAGUUCUUUUUAUUGAUGAAAGUUCUAUAGGUUCCUCCAAUAUAAAUGAAAAUGUUAAAGAGUUUUUGUCAAAUUAUGAAUUUGAAUCUUAUGCUAUUUCUUUAACGAAUGAGAAUUCACUUUGCAAAUUAGAAGACAUAAAAUCGUUGGAAUUGUAUUCGAAGGAACAAGAAAUGCUAGUAAAGUCUGUGAAAACCUUAACAUCUCGACAGGACUUUGUUAAAAUAUUAAAGAACAAGGCAAUUGAAGCAGCUGCUAAGAAACUUCAAUGCAAUUAUGUGUUCUUGCCCGAUAUUAGCACAAAUCUAGCUUCAGAACUUAUUAACAGCAUUGCUUUGGGAAGAGGUGGUUCUGCUGCUCUGGAUGUGGCACUUCUCGACGAUCGUUUGACAGAUGUUAAGUUACUAAGACCACUGAGAAACCUGACAACCAACGAAGUAGAAUUAUACCUCGAAGUUAAGGAAAUCAAACCACUUAAAACAGAAUCAUAUGGCGAAUCUUCUGGUCCAAAUGCUAGCAUUCAAAAUCUAACUAAACAAUUUGUUGAUGGUUUGCAAGCAAACUUUUCAUCAACCAUAUCAACUGUUUUUCGUACUGGAGAUAAAAUUGCACCCAGAAUUGAUAAGCUUCAUAAUUCUUUGGAUGAUGGAUCAAAAUGUACACUUUGUAAUUCUCAGUUAAGUGUUGUUCCAUCGAAGACCCUGCAAGCAUUGGAAUUUUCUCGACUUGCCUCAGCAUUUAGUGGGAACAUGGAUAACUGUGAGACGAAGGAGAAAUUGCAAAUUGGCAACUUUUCCAAUGGACUCUGUCAUGCCUGCGCAAACAUACAAAAUGACAAAGAAGACGAUAUUAUAUCAAGAUAACAAUAAAUUUUAAUUCAAAUUA